AUGAUUGCAUUUAAAAAGUUUGUACUUGCACUUGCCACCGUGAUUUGGUUGUACCUUUGGGCUCAGUUUGAAGCUGCUCCAGAUUUCUCAGGCUACCUCCUGAAGAUUCUGCAAAACCACACAGUGCAUGCUUGUGACGGGGCUCAGUUCUCAAUAAGCUGCCCGCCUCAGACAUCCAUCAGCGUUCUGUCUGCCUUCUAUGGUCGCCGAGUUCCCAGUCAACAUUUAUGCUGGAGCACAGGAAAUACGUCAGCUGAAAGUACCAGCUGUGCUGCCCUCACAGCCACACCCAAAGUUUAUGAUGAGUGUCAAGAACUGCCUUCCUGCCAGUUUUCAGUCAACAGUCGUGUUUUUGGCCCUGAUCCUUGUCCUGGGACCAGUAAAUACCUAAUUGUUUCAUUCAAAUGCAAACCUGAUGGACACCAAAACAAGCUAGUAUGUGAGAAUGAGACAUUGCAUCUCCAGUGUAAGAACCGAACCACCCUUGUCAUUUACACUGCAAGUUUUGGACGAGCCCUUCACGGGAACAUGGAAUGCCUCCCAGUGAACAGGACAAUGCCAGAUAUUGAAUGCUUAUCCCCCACAACACUAAGGCAAGUAUCCUCAAGGUGCCACGGCAAACAGAACUGUUCAAUCACUGCUGAUGUACCAAACUUUGGUGAUCCCUGCAUCCCUGGAAUCCGUAAACAACUCAAUGUCUCAUACACAUGUGUUCCGACGAAACUCUUUGACAAGGCUGAUCAAGGUCCAGUAAAACCCUUCUUGCUAUCAGAUUACACUCAUGGUGGUUGGUAUAAUGGCCCAAGAAUGUCCAUGCUAUACGCCAAAGAUGUCGCAAUUAUUAGCAGUUCCCUGGCUACUCUUGCUCACAUUAGGGGACUCCCGGAGAAAGUAGCCUUAUUCUUCUUGUCUGGUGUGUGUUCUGGCUUAGUGUUUAUCCUCUGCACUUUUGGGUUCCACAUGCUAUUGAGACAUGACAUCAGGAAGCUUCAAAGUGAGGCAGAAGUCAACCAAGAAAGUGAAAAUGGCCACACUAGGAUCUCAGAUGAUGAAGAUGAUGCCUCUUCCAAUACCUCAUUUCGACAAUUGACCAGACAGUACUGGACAUCAGAUAAUAUCUUCAGCCCAGAGGUAGCAGCAGUGAUGAUAGACAGAGUUGAACAAAAUGAGGAAAAAGACAAGGAAAUGUGGUUGAACAAGGAGCCCAGUCCCUAUGCGAUCCAGAACCUAAAUCAGCAUCAGUAA